UGUUUUGCCUUCUAUCCAAUCAAGGGAAAUUAGGGUCCUUUGCGUUUUCCCUUCAAAACCACUUUCCACAUCCACAAACCACUUUUACUGACAGAUAAGCGGUUUCUUUGUCCAUCACCUUUAUAUUAAAGUACCCAUCUCCAAAACCUCUACUCUUUUUUCACCCACAAAAAACCACACUCCAUCACUUCCUAGUACAGAAAAAUAAAACCACCUCAUAAAACCAUCCAACUGAAAUCACAAAGAUUGAAGAAAGGAAGAUGAUUCAAGAGCUUUUAGGAGGUGGAGGAGAAGUACUUGUCGGAGGAGGAGGUGAAGAGAGGAAAAUCUCCAUUGGUGGAGGAGCUGUUGAAGGGUCUUCUUCUUCUUCAUCUUCUUCAGAUCACCAAAACCUAAGGUGCCCAAGAUGUGAUUCAUCCAACACUAAGUUCUGUUACUACAACAACUACAAUCUUACCCAACCCCGCCAUUUCUGCAAGACCUGCCGGCGCUACUGGACGAAAGGCGGGGCCCUCCGCAACGUCCCUAUCGGGGGUGGCUGCCGGAAGAGCAAGAGCACGAGUGUAGCAAAUGCUGGGAAAUCCAGCAGCGGGAAGUCCAAGCCCACACCAUCAUCAGAUGUUGGGAAUCCAAGUUUAGGGAACGGUUUCAGCCAUGAUCCGGUCCCCAACCCCAUCGUGUGGGCCACACAGCAAAAUUCGCAGCUCUUGGCAUUACUGAGAGCCACUCAGGACCCCAACCCUAGCUCAAACCCUAACCCUAAUUCUUCUGUGAUCAAGGAUGAAGGGCUCACGAUUGGAUCGCAUAUGGCGCCACAGUCAGCACUAGUGACAGGUGCACUAAAUACGCGGACUCGGGGCCUAGAUCCGCUGACUCAACUUCCCAUUGGUCUAUGCAGUUCAUUCUGGAGAAACAAUCAAAAUCAUCAUCAACAACAGCAGCAGCAGCAGCAGCAGCAACUAAUGCUUCAACAACAGGCACAGCAACAAAGCAUGCUGUUGGGUGAAGUUCUGAACCCCACUGGAAUCCAAGAGCUUUAUCAAAGGACCAGAUCAACCGCCAAUUAUUACACUGAUCACUCAUCAGCAGUAAUUGGCAAUGCAGCUACAUCUUCUACAUCUUCGAUCCUGGAACCCGCUUCUGUGACCGGAGGGGAUUUGGGUUACUGGAAUUCGCCGUUUUCAUGGUCUGAUCUGCCCACAACAAAUGGUGCAUUUCCUUAAGAACCUUCUUAUUUUCCGAGUUAACGUUAUUCUCAUUGUCUUUGUUUGGUUAUGAAAUAUGAAUCUUAUUGUAGUGUCAUUAUGUAGUUCUUUUUGUGUUUCAUGUGUGUUUACUGUAUGGUUAGCUUGUGGUAAUGUAUCAAGGACAAAGAUCAAGGAAAUGGGAAGUGUUUUCUUGUGUUUGUUA